AUGGCGGCGCCCAAGAGCCCGGGGAUCUCGACGAUCUCGACCUGCACCCCGGAGAAGGCGCGGGGCGACCACGUGUUCAAGAUCGAAGGCUACAGCUUGUGGAAGGGCCUCGGCGUCAGCAAGGUCAUCCAGUCCGCGCCCUUCGCCGUCGGCGGCUACGACUGGCGGCUCAGCUACUACCCAGACGGCUACACGGAGGCCAGCAAGGACCACGUCGCCGUCUUCCUCGAGCUCCUGAGCAAGGACGCGGUCACGCGGAGGAGCCAGAUCGAAGGGUCGGCGUACUUGUACAUCCCCAACGACAUCCUUCUCAUUAAGUGUGACAUCACUGUUAUCAAGCUGAAGGAGGCACAGAUGCGGAAGAUCGGCAUGAGCUUUAAUAUCCAAGUGCCGCCUUCAGACUUGUUGCACAACCUUAGAAGUUUGAUGGAUGCGAGGGAGGAAUCGGAUGUGUCUUUCAAGGUCAAAGAUGAGUUUUUCACUGCCCACAAGAUCGUCCUCGCGAUGCGGUCGCCAGUCUUCAAGGCGGAGCUCUACGGGCCGAUGAGGGACAAGUGCGGGCAGGGGCACAUCAUAACCAUUGAAGACAUGGAGCCUGCUGUUUUCAAAGCACUGCUUCACUUCGUCUACACGGAUGAGUUGCCUCCCUUGGACGACCUCCAUGAUGAUGACGAAGAAGAAAUCGUAAGGCAUUUGCUCGUGGCUGCGGAUAGGUUUGUCAUGGAAAGGAUGAAGUUGAUGUGUGAAAGAAAACUUUCUGAGUUUCCUGAUGCCAAGACUGUGGCGGCCACGUUAGCUCUUGCGGACUAG